AUGUCCGGCGGGCGCAGCCUCCUCCUGGUGCUCCUGGCGCUGUCCACGGAGCUGCCGCCCGCCCCGGCCCAGCAGCACCGCACCAGGCACCGGGGCGCUGCCCCCACGGCCACUGCGGCACCGCGCCGGGCCCCGCGGGUUUGGCGGCCCCCCGGUGCCCUGCGGGCCCCCGGCAAGGCGGGCGAGUGCCCGGCGGGGGGGAGCGGGGCGCCCCUCGCGCCCGGGCUGUACUGCCUCUGGGACCGCGGCUGCCCUGGCGCCGAGCGGUGCUGCCGGCGCGGCCCGGUCCGGACCUGCGUCCUCCCCAGCACAGGAUCCCCGCUCCCGGGCACGCGGCCGCACGCGGCAUCUCCCCCUGCAGAGAGCCCCGGCUACUGCCCCCGUCCCGGCAGCGCCGGCGGCGGGAGCUGCGCCACGAGCUGCCGCAACGACGCCGCGUGCAGCCCCGGCGAGAAGCGCUGCUCCCGCGGCUGCUGCGCCCGCUGCCUGCGCGCAGAGCCAGCCAAGGCCGGGCUCUGCCCGCGGAAGCGCGUCCGGAGGAGCGCCGCUGCCUGCUCCAACCGCUGCGCCGAUGACCGGGACUGCCCCGGGAACCGCAAGUGCUGCUUCUCCGGCUGCGGGCUGGCCUGUGCCUCCCCGGACAGAGGGAGCCGCCAUGCUGCAGCGAAGCCCGGCACGUGCCCUGUGGUGCUGCGGGGGUCCCUGGGACCCUGCCUGGAGCUGUGUGACACCGACAGCGACUGCCCCGGGACUGCCAAGUGCUGCACCACCGGCUGCGGACACAUCUGCAAACCACCCACCGAGGGACCGGGACUGUCCCCGCGAGCAGAAGUGCUGCCUGCGGGGCUGCGGCCGGACCUGCGUCCCUCCGCUGCAAGGCACAGCCUAGCCCUGGCUGGGAAGGGCUGCACCAGGAGCUGGGUGCCAGAGCCGUUGUCAUCGCACCCUGUGGGUGAGAAAAGAGCUGCUGCUGCUCCCAGCACCAGCUGCCCCUCACCUGUCCCUGCACCAGAUCCUCUGCACUGCCAGCCAAUUGCACCAGCAUUGCUCUGACGGGUCCUGUCCAGGGCACUCAGCAUCCCCAGACCCUGCAUCCCACCGGCCCCAGCUGCUCCACAGCACUGGAACAAA